AUCCACUGCUGCAACAGGGCAUGAAUGCAAGUCUACCUGGUAGGAUCACCCUGCCUCACUUCUGACGGAUCUGAACCCUUGAAGGACUUAAUUUGGUGUGACAUGCGAAUGGACUGCUUUUUAAAGUAUUUACAGACUCAUAGGAAGCUCUUUCUGGAGCCUGACCGAAGCUCUCUGAGGCCAGCAUCAGCUGAAGGUGUCCAGGAAGUUCUGGUGGGCCAGCCAGAUGAGUGGGGAUGGAGCGCACCUGGGCCAAGGUCUCAUCUGGACCAUCUGGAUCUUUGAAACGAUCGUCAGGGGUGAGGUGCCCGGGACUGCAAAUGAAGCACCACACAGGAACACCAUGCUGGGAUGGGUCAAGGGGAAACAGACCACUGUGCAGGGAAGUUCCGCAUGUGUGAAUGUGUUCCUUGGGAUCCCCUUUGCUGCACCUCCUGUGGGACCCCUACGAUUUGCUAGCCCACAACCUGCAAUACCCUGGGAGGAUGUGCGAGAUGCCACCACCUACCCUGCACUGUGCUUCCAGAACACAGAGUGGAUCAUUCCAUAUCAAAAAAUGCUCAAGGUGCAGUUCCCUAAAUUUUCUGUGUCAGAAGACUGCCUGUACCUUAACAUUUAUGCACCAGUCCAUGCUAAGGAUGGAUCCAAGCUCCCGGUCAUGGUGUGGAUCCCAGGAGGUAGCUUCCAGACAGGCACAGCCUCCCUGUUUGAUGGAUCUGCCCUUGUUGCCUAUGAGAAUGUGUUGGUUGUGUCCAUCCAGUACCGGCUUGGAAUAUUUGGCUUCUUCAGCACACAGAACAAGCAUGCCUCAGGGAACUGGGGCUUCAAGGACCAGAUGGCUGCCUUAUUCUGGGUUCAGGAGAACAUCAAAUUCUUUGGUGGAAACCCUGCCUCUGUGACCAUCUUUGGCGAAUCAGCGGGAGCUGUAAGCGUUUCUAGCCUGGUUCUGUCCCCCAUGAGCAGGGGCUUGUUCCACAGAGCUAUCAUGCAGAGCGGAGUGGCCAUCAACCCUUGCUUGAGGACUUUUGAAGAAGAGCUCAAAAGUGAUUUGCAGAUAAUUGCCAAUGUCUGUCAAGUCAGUGAUGUAUCUAACUCCGAUGCCCUGCUGAAGUGCCUGAGGGCCAAAUCUGCUGAAGACUUGUUGAAACUCAGCCAGAAAACAAAUUCGUUCACUCGAGUAGUCGAUGGCUCUUUCUAUUCUAAUGACCCUCUAAAACUAUUGUCUCAAAAAAAUUUUAAAAAUAUUCCUUGUAUCAUUGGAGUCAAUAACCAAGAGUGUGGCUACUUGCUGGUCAUGGAGGAUGUUCCUCAGAUUGUCACUGGCAUCAACAAGUCUUUUGCUCUUAACUUGGUCCACAAGUACCUGCAUGUCCCCAGUGAAAAUUUGCCCAUUGUGGAUAACGAAUACUUCCAGGACAAGGUCUCCCUGAGUGAUAUCCGAGACAAUUUACUGGACAUGUUUGGAGAUGUGCUCUUUGUAGUUCCUGGAAUAGUCACUGCUCGACACCACAGAGAUGCAGGUGCACCUGUCUACUUCUAUGAGUUCCAGCACCGGCCCCAGUGCUUUAACUACUCAAGGCCAAGCUUUGUCAAGGCUGACCACACAGAUGAAAUCCGCUUUGUCUUUGGAGCUGCUUUCCUGACCGGUGACAUCGUCAUGUUUGAAGACGCCACAGCAGAGGAGAAGCUGCUCAGCAAGAAGAUGAUGAAAUACUGGGCUAACUUUGCUCGGAGAGGGAAUCCUAAUGGGGAAGGUGUUCCUCAGUGGCCAGUGUACAACGGGAAGGAGCCAUACCUGAUGCUGAAUCUGAACAUCAGUGUUGGACAGAAGCUGAAAGAGCAGAGAGUGGGAUUUUGGACAGAUAUCCUCCCUCUGACCUUGUAGACUUCUGACGCCCUGCUUAGGCCUGCUUCCCUUGCCAUCCUCCUUUCCCUGCCUUUGCCUUUCAUUCUCUCUGCUGCUCCUU